AUGAGAGAUGAACGCGCCCUCCAGCCGCAGGGAGGGGGCUCCCCGUGUCGAGCUGCUGUGGACCCACCAGAGACCGGCCUCCUCGGGUGCUCGCUCGCCGCUCAGGGUCAUGGUGCCAAAGGUGACAACAUCUACGAAUUUCAGAUCGAGUUCCUAGAACCGGUUGAGCCUAAACCUGUCUGCAGGGUGACUCAAAGGCAGCUGAACAUCACCGUCCAGAAAAAAGAGAGUAACUGGUGGGAGAGACUCACCAAGCAAGAGAAGCGCCCGCUCUUUGCUCCUGACUUUGACCGCUGGUUAGAUGAAUCAGACGCUGAAAUGGAACUGAAGGAGAAGGAAGAAGAAAAGAUUAACAAAAUGAAAAUAGAAUCCAGAGUCCCAAAAGACCCUUUCAAACACCUGAAGAAGGGAUACUUAAUCAUGUAUAAUCUUGUACAGUUUUUGGGAUUCUCUUGGAUUUUUGUGAACAUGACAGUACGACUGUUCAUCUUAGGCAAAGAUUCCUUCUAUGACACAUUUCACACUAUUGCUGACAUGAUGUAUUUCUGUCAGACCCUGGCAGUGAUGGAGAUCAUGAAUUCACUAAUAGGACUAGUCAGAUCACCGCUGAUACCUGCUGUAGUGCAGAUAUUUGGAAGAAACUUUAUUUUAUUUGUUGUCCUCGGAAGCUUAGAGGAAAUGCAGAGCAAACCUGUGGUGUUCUUCGUAUUUUAUUUCUGGAGUAUCAUUGAGCUAUUCAGGUAUCCAUAUUAUAUGCUUUCAUGCAUCGGUAUUGAAUGGAAACCACUAACCUGGCUCCGUUACACUGCCUGGAUCCCUCUCUACCCUUUAGGAGGUUUGGCAGAAGCCGUCUGUAUCGUUCAAUCCAUUCCAAUCUUCAGUGAAACAGGGAAAUUUAGCCUGGGAUUGCCAAAUCCACUGAACGUCACAAUUCAGUUUUCGUUUUUGCUUCAAAUAUACCUUAUAGCCUUGUUUUUAGGGGUAUUUGUAAACUUCCGUCAUCUCUACAAGCAAAGGAAACACCACCUUGGACCAAAGAAGAGAAAGAUGAAGUAAAGGAGGACUGCAAUGCUUUCUUAUCUAACUUAUCUCAAUGACAAGAUAAGCCUCUAAUUCUUAUGGUUUUACCCACUGUAAUGUAAAGAAUUUUGUAAAAUUAAAUGAUCACGCUAGAUUUCAUGAUUUCAUAGUGAAUUCAGAUAACAUUCCCAUAUACCGUAUUUUGUUCCCUUUCAAUCAUGUGUGCAUGGCAUUUACAAUUGAACAUUUAAACUUGUAUCCUGUCAACUACCAUAUUAGAAAGAAAUCCUAUUAUCUGCAUAUAAUAUGCUUAUAAACAGUGGAGCAGCACUAAAUAGAAAUAAUGUUUAUCUUUUAAUUGGGUAUUUGCUCUUUCAAUAUUGCAUGCAGAUAGGGCUUCUGAUGCGGGGAUAUACUGUUAGCUGGCCCGUGCUGUUCCUAGGGUGCAUCCCGAUGGCAGGAGGAGCAGUCCAAGACCGCUGUGAACAGUUUUUGGGCGUUUAUUAACGGUUGGGGUAAUCUUGCUCAGCACAUACCCCCUUUUCUGCAGCAGAAUUA